AUGGGCGAGAAAGAAAUUGUAGAUGGAUGCGUAGCUGCUUGCCAUAUUGCAUAUGCAUGCUCUGAGGUUGCAUUUACGUAUCCAAUAACUCCUUCUAGUACAUUGUCUGAGGUGGCUGACUCAUGGAUGUCUCGUGGACGACGAAAUAUUUUUGACCAGGUUGUAUCGGUUGUUGAAAUGCAGAGUGAAAUGGGCUCUGCUGGUGCAUUGCAUGGCUCUUUGUCUGUUGGUUGUUCUACAACAACUUUUACUGCUUCACAGGGAUUAUUGUUAAUGAUUCCAAAUAUGUAUAAAAUUGCUGGUGAGCUUUGGCCAUGUGUGUUUCAUGUUACAGCUAGAGCUCUUGCCACCUCUUCACUCUCUAUUUUCGGAGAUCACAAUGAUAUUAUGGCUGCUAGACAAACUGGUUGGGCUUUUUUGGGAGCCAUGACAGUACAAGAAGUUAUGGAUUUGGCAUUAGUUUCACAUGUGAGUACAUUUGAAUGCAGUGUUCCUUUUGUCAACUUUUUUGAUGGAUUCAGAACAUCUCAUGAGUUACAGAAAAUUGAUAUGAUCAGUUAUGAUACUAUUAAGGAAAUUUUUCCAUAUCAAAAACUAAAGGAGUUUAGAGAAAGAGCAUUAAACCCCACACACCCAAUUCUAAGAGGUACUGCCACAAGUUCUGAUGUCUAUUUCCAGCUUGCUGAAGCAAGGAAUAAAUAUUAUGAGGCAACUCCAGAUAUUGUUCAAAGUGUUAUGGACCGUCUAGCCAAACUAAUUGGCAGGAGCUAUCAUCUUUUUGACUAUUAUGGCCAUCCCGAUGCAGAUUUCUUGGUUGUUGUUAUGGGAUCUGGUGGUCUCACAAUUGAAGAGAUGAUUGAUUAUCUAUUGGAAAAGGGAGAUGAAAAGAUUGGUAUGAUCAAGGUUAGGCUAUUCAGACCUUGGUCUAUGGAUGCUUUUCUCAAAAAAAUUCCAAAAAAUGUAAAAAGAAUUACUGUCUUAGAAAGAUGUAAAGAAAGUGGUUCUCUUGGAGAACCACUCUGUUUAGAUGUUUCUACAAGCAUUAUGAGAUCUGAAUCAAGUAAUAAAAACAUUUUGGUGUUAGGUGGUAGAUAUGGCCUCGCAAGUAAGGAGUUUACUCCAGGUAUGGCUUUAGCAGUAUGGGAAAAUAUGAUAAGUAGCAAUCCUAUCAACAAUUUCUCUAUUGGAAUUGAUGAUGAUGUCACAUUUAAAUCUCUAUUUGUUAGGAAUCCAAGGUUGGAUUUACUUACCAGCGAAACGAAACAGUGCCUAUUUUGGGGUCUUGGCUCUGAUGGUACAGUUUCUGCCAAUAAAAAUGCUAUUAAGAUUAUUGGAGAGUCUACAGAUCUUCAAGUUCAGGGUUACUUUGCUUAUGAUGCAAAGAAAGCUGGUGGAGCAACAAUGAGCCAUCUUAGAUUUGGCCCUAAACCCAUUAAAUCUGCUUAUUUGCUUCAAAGAUGUGACUAUGUUGCCGUACAUCAUCCAUCAUACAUCCACAAAUUUGAUGUAUUAGAAAACAUUAAACAAGGAGGCUGUUUUGUACUCAAUUGUCCCUGGAGUACUUUAGAAGAACUUAAUCACGAACUUCCUUCGAAGAUUAAGGACCAAAUUGCGUCUAGAGAUGUUAAAUUCUAUGUUAUUGAUGCCCAGAAGAUUGCUCAGGAAUCCAAUCUUGGGAGAAGAAUUAAUAAUAUACUUAUGGUAGUAUUCUUCAGUUUGACUAAUAUCAUUCCUUUGGAUCUCGCAAUUAAGCUUGUGAAGGAGGCCAUUAAAAAGACUUAUGGAAAGAAGGGAGAUGCUGUUGUAAAUUCAAACUGGAAAGCUGUUGACCUCACUUUGAAAUCACUGAUUCAAAUUUUCUAUAAUAAAUCAGAAUGGUUAACUAAAGACAAAGUUGGAGAAAAAGCUACUCUUACUCCUGAUCUAUUGAAUAAAGACCAAGUAGUAACCAAAUCUACCAUUUUGAAGCAAAAAUCAAGCCACGAUAUUAAUCAAUUUGUAAAGGGUAUCCUGGAACCAGUUAAUGCAUUAAAAGGUGACAAACUUCCUGUGUCCAUGUUUGAUCCUACUGGUACUGUUCCCCUUGGAACCACAGCAUAUGAGAAAAGAGGUAUUGCUAUUUCCAUUCCAAUUGUUGAUAUGAAUAAAUGUACUCAAUGUAAUUAUUGUUCCAUUGUUUGUCCACAUGCAGCAAUUCGACCAUUUUUGUUGGAUGAAACAGAGUUUAAGAAUGCACCAGAAACAAUGCAUAUACCAAAAGCUAAGGGAGGUCAGGAAUUUUCAUCUUAUUAUUAUCGGAUUCAAGUUACACCACUGGAUUGUACUGGCUGUGAGUUGUGUGUACAUGCAUGCCCAGAUGAUGCACUUCAUAUGGAGAGUUUGCAAAAGAAAGAAGCUGUGGAAAAGUCUCAUUGGGAUUAUUUAAUUGCUCUUCCAAAUAAGGCUGAGAAGUUUGACAGGACAACUGUAAAGGGUUCACAGUUUCAGCAACCUCUUCUUGAAUUUUCUGCAGCAUGUGAAGGAUGUGGAGAGACGCCUUAUGUUAAAUUACUUACACAACUUUUUGGUGAAAGAAUGGUAAUAGCAAAUGCAACAGGUUGCUCUUCAAUUUGGGGUGCAUCUUAUCCUUCGGUACCAUAUACUAAGAACCAGAAAGGAUAUGGCCCAGCUUGGGGUAAUUCUCUUUUUGAAGAUAAUGCAGAGUAUGGAUUAGGAAUGGUGGUAGGAUAUAGACAAAGAAGAGAUAGGUUUAAAGACUUUGUUUCCAAUGAGAUUUUAAAGGAGGUUGAGGAAGAAAAAGAGUUUCUUGAGCACAAUAAUACUUCAGUAAAAGACAGGGGUGAGAUUAUUACCAAGUAUGAUCAUCUGAAAGAUUAUUUGAGGUCAUGGCUAAAAAACAUCAAGAAUGGUCAGGCAUGCCAAAGCUUAUUUGAGGAGAUAUCUAAGUUACUUGAAGAAAAUUUAAUAAAUAGUAACAAAUUUGCUCAAGUAUUAAGGGAAGACAAAAUUGAAAUUCUGGAAAAACUUUAUGAUUCAAGGGAUUUAAUACCUAAGAUUAGCCAUUGGAUAGUUGGUGGAGACGGCUGGGCCUAUGAUAUAGGAUAUGCUGGUCUUGACCAUGUUUUAUCAUUUGGUGAAGAUGUGAAUAUUUUAAUUUUGGAUACUGAAGUAUAUUCUAAUACUGGAGGUCAAGCAUCUAAAAGCACUCCUUUUGGUGCUAUUGCCAAGUUUGCUCAGGGUGGAAAUUUAAGACAAAAAAAGGAUAUUGGAUCAAUAGCAAUGGAGUAUGGGUCAGUAUAUGUAGCGUCAGUAGCUUUGGGAGCAAGUUACUCUCAAACCAUUAAAUCUUUGUUGGAAGCAGAGAAAUAUCCAGGAACAUCAUUGAUAGUAGCUUAUUCAACUUGUAUUGAACAUGGCUAUACAAAGUAUAACCUCCAACAAGAAAGUGUUAAGCUGGCAGUAGAAAGUGGAUACUGGCCUUUAUAUAGGUACAAUCCAGAGUUAGUUCAAACACAGAUUGUGGACAACUUGACAACAAUAGUAUCUUCAGGAUUUACCUUGGACUCAAAAAAAGUUAAGAUUGAUAUUGAAAGCUUUCUAAAGAGGGAGAAUCGUUUCUUACAAUUGAUAAGAAGUAACCCAGAAUUAGCCUCGAUUGCUAAAAAUAAAUUAAAGGCUCAUUCAGACAAAAGAUUUCAGAAAAUGAAGGAUUUGUCAGAGAAUGUAACAGUAACAUCUUUGAAAGACCAGAUAAAGAAGCUUAAAAAUCAGUUAGUUUCUAUUCAGAAUGCAAGUAAAACAGGGGAAUUAGCUGCUAGUGGCUUAAUUAAUACUGAACUAUUUAUUGAGCAAGAAAUGCAUGUAUUAUAUGGCACUGAAACAGGUAAUUCAGAGGAAGUUGCUCAAUAUAUACAGAGUCAGUUGGUAUCAAGAGGAUAUAUAUCUAGCUCAUUAAAUUUAGAUGACCUGGAUAUUGAAGACUUUUUGAACCCAGAUAAGUUUUCUACAGUUAUAAUUGUUACAAGUACAUCAGGGCAAGGAGAAUUUCCAGGGUCUUCAAAAUUAUUAUAUGAGGCUUUACUUAAUAAACACCUGGAAAAUAAAGAUGACAAAUUCUGUAGUUUUAUGAGAUUUGGAAUAUUUGGUUUAGGUGACUCUAACUAUGUUUUUUUUAAUGAAGCAGCAAAGAAGUGGGAUAAGCUUUUAACAGAUUGUGGUGCAAUGAGGAUUGGAACAAUUGGAAUGGGAGAUGACCAGUCAGAAGAAAAAUAUGAGACUGAACUAAUAGAAUGGUUACCAGAUUAUUUACAAUUGAUUAAUGCUCCAGAACCAAAACAAGAUGAAAAAAGUGAAAUCCCAAAGGAGACUACUUUUAAAGUCACAAUAUUGGACUUUUGUAGAAAUGAUACUCUAAAUGAAGCAACAGGUACUUUAUAUGAGAAAUUGGAUGAGAAUUGUAAAAGUGGAAAUUCGCAAUAUAAGCCAAUAGUUCCACCAAAUUCAGUUUUACUUCCAAUAGUUGAGAAUAAAAGAAUAACAAAUCAAGACUAUGAUAAGGAUGUGAGACAUAUUGUAUUUAAAUUGAAUGAUGGAAAUGGGGCUCCAUGUCUUUCUUAUUGCUUGGGAGAUAGUUUAGCAUUAUAUGGACAGAAUCCAAUUAAUGAAGCAAUUAAAGCUAUUGAAAUGUUUGGUUAUAAUCCAUAUAGUUUGUUAAGGAUAAGUAUGAAUGAAGAUAAUGAAGCAAAUAGCACUAGUAAAGUAAGUCAGAGAUAUAGUUUAUUAUUUGGACAAGAUAUAACUAUAUUACAAUUAUUUGUGGAAUGCUUGGAUCUUUGGGGAAAACCCAAUCGCAAGUUCUUCCAAGAGUUUUAUCGUUAUUGUAGUGAUCCAGAAGAGAAGAUUUUGGCAAAGAAGUGGGCUCAGAAUGAAGGAAAGAAGCUCAUUGAGGAAUUUUCAUCAAAAACUGGAACAUAUUUGGAUAUGUUUAAAAUGUUCAAAUCAGCAAGGCCAACUCUUGCUCAACUUUUGGAUAUUAUUCCCUUCAUAAAAUCAAGAUCAUAUUCAAUAGCUUCUUCUAGCCAAUUUGUGAAUGGAGAAAGUAUUGAAUUAUGCGUGGGAAUUGUGGACUGGAAGCUUGAAUCAGGAGAAAUUAGAUUUGGACAAUGUACAGGUUUUCUAAAUAGACUACCAAUGUUGGAUUCGAGUGAUAAGAUACCAAAAGAGCCAUUAGAAUCAAAAAUUGAUAGUAUUACAAGAAUUCCAUCGAAUAUUAAAGCAAGUGCUUUUAACUUACCUUUUGACUAUAAAUCACCAAUUAUUAUGGCUUGUAUGGGCACUGGAAUUGCACCUUUUAGAGCCUUUAUUCAGAAUAAAAAGUAUAUUAGAGACGUGCUAAAUGAAGAAAUUGGGCCAGUGAUAUUGUACUUUGGCUGUAGAUAUUAUGAUAUGGAUUAUUUGUACCGUGAAGAGCUUGAGAAUUAUGUAAAAGAGGGGGUUAUUUCGUCUUUGAAUAUUGCAUUUUCUAGAGAUCCAAAAGGAUACAAAACACCAGAUUGCGAGAAUAUUAGAUAUGGGCAGAAGAUGUAUGUGCAACACUUAAUGCUUGAAAAUAGUCAAGAAAUUUACGAGAAUUUGAUAGAAAAUUGUGGUUACUUUUACUUGUGUGGUACUAAACAGGUUCCUAUUGAUAUUAGGAAGGCUAUGAUCCAGAUAAUUAUUAAACAGGGGUCUACAAGUGAGUAUAAAGUAUCUGAAGAAUAUGCUAACAAUGUUUUAAAUAAUAUUCAAAUAAUGGGUAGAUAUAAUGUAGAAGCCUGGUCAUAA